GCCAUCAGAGGCCACUUUUUUGGUCUCCUUUUUAUAAGGAUUAGAUUCCCUCUUUUGUCUUAUUGCUCGAUGGAUAAAGUAAACAUGCCCCCUAAGAAAGGGGCAGCGAAACCUGCUAAAGCGGGAAAAAGUGAUGAAUCCGGCGAUAAAGGAAAGGAAAAGAAAGGGGGCACCUCAGUUAAAGUGAGACACAUAUUAUGUGAAAAACAAAGCAAAUGUUUAGAAGCUUUGGAAAAACUGAAAGCUGGUCAAAAGUUUCCAGAAGUUGCCGCUGCCUAUAGUGAAGACAAAGCUAGAUCAGGAGGAGACUUAGGUUGGAUGAUCAGAGGCUCAAUGGUUGGACCUUUCCAAGAUGCUGCAUUUGCCUUACCUAUUUCAUCUGUUAACAGUCCUGUAUAUACAGAUCCUCCAAUUAAGACUAAAUUUGGUUAUCAUAUUAUAAUGGUAGAAGGAAAAAAAUAAUUUUAUGUUAUUAUAUAUUUUUGUAUAUAGAUAGUGAG